AGCGAGUCUGGUGAGGACACAUCAAAAAACUCUCGUACUUCCUGUAGCAGCUUAAGAACCGAAUCAUAACUCUCACAAUCAGACGCAUCUGCAUCCAGACGCCCGAGGACUGUAACCUGACCCCGUCUGUGGCUUCAUUGCCGCUGAUGAAAUGUCUCGAUCGUUUCUAGUGAAAAGUAAGAGGGCGGGGCAUCACUCCACACGCCCCGCCCACUCUCAGCAUCAGCAUCAUGACGGAUGGACAUCCAGCAGUCGCUCAGCGGCUCUGGAGCUGCUGCCCUGCACAUCCACCGACAGCAGCCGGACCCAAAACAGCACUGAUGGAGCUGGAGCUGAAGCCUGGCCUUCAUCCACUGCAGCAGGGAAGCAGUCUGGAGUUUGUCCCUCGUCUGACCUGUCGUCCUCUGCUGCUGUGGAGAGACAGCACGAUCUGGAGCGUCUGAUUCAGGCUUUACUCAGUCACCAUCAGCUGACCAACGUCCAGACGCCGCUGUGUGAGAGGCUCCUGUCCUCCGCCCUGGGUUUGGCAUCGCACUUGUGCAAGUCACAUGACAACAGGGCUGCUCUCCAAUUGGCCGGCUCCACAGGCCAUACCCAGCAGCAUUAUGGGUACAGACCUACGGGAAUAUUGAGGGUGAGAGAGCGGAGUUUCGCCUGUAAGGUUUGUGGGAAGGUGUUUAAGAGGUCGUUGACUCUCUCCACACACCAGCUCAUUCACUCGGACACGCGGCCGUUCCCGUGCCCCUACUGCGGAAAGAGAUUCCACCAGAAAUCUGACAUGAAGAAACAUACAUUUAUACACACAGGUGAGAAGCCUCAUGUGUGCGUGGUGUGCGGUAAAGCGUUCAGCCAGAGCUCCAAUCUGAUCACACACAGCAGGAAACACAGUAGCUACCAGCCCUUCAGCUGCUCGCGCUGCCCGCUCAGCUUCCAGAGGAGACUCGACCUACAGCGACACCUACAGACGCACUCGGAGAACGACAGCGGACUGUACCACGGGACCUGAGAGAGACCAGCUGCACACAAACGCCUCUUUUUUUUUUUUAUCCUAAAGUACUACUUUAGAAUGUUUGUCAAUUUAAGAUGUUUGCACCAAAAACAUUGUUCUUCUGUCCUUCUAACUUGAUUGUACACGUCGUU